AUGAAGAUGCCCGCCUCCAUGUACUACUCCUCCCGCUCUGGAGCUGCCACUCCAAGCAGCAGCAACCAACUGCCCCGCCACCGCGAAAGUGGCUACCGCUCAUCUUCCACCGAGUGCGUCGUGAACCACCCCCACAUGGCAACUAGACACGAAGAACUUGCCCGGCAACCCCGACAGGCUUCAAGUUCUAGGGGCACUAAUUAUUCUAGACCUCCUCAUCCUCCGCCUCUGGUAUUCUUCAUGGCGGCCCAGCCCCCUCCGCCCGCGAAGUCGGUGAAGUUCAAGGAGGGCAACGAACUCGCUACCACAGUAGUGAUUCCAAAUAACGAGCAGAUGCGGGAGCUGGAAAGAGCACCUGAGUCCCCACCACGGUCUCAUCACGGUCGACGAAGCUCCCACCGUCGUGAUGAGUAUGAGUAUGUGGAGGACCGGGAAGCUAGAAGGUAUCGGGAGGAGCGCGGCGGAACGAGGGCAUAUGUGAAUGCGACGGCGGAGGAAUAUAUGCGUGAUCAGAGGGGCGAUUCAAGGAGGAGGAGGAGAUGA